AUGAGCACAUGCCAAACACCCCCACUUGGACUCCAGCUCGGGCACCGGGUAAGCUGCCAGACCCCUAUGGCCUCCAGCAGCACCAGCUCCCCAUCCCCUCAACACAGCACCAGACUGCACAGUCCCUGUGGGCCUCAGGGCAACAUCAGUACAACACCGGGUGAACAGCCAGGGCCUGCAGCUGGAGACACAGUGGCUGAGAAGAACCCUGGACUCACCAAAAAGCAGAAGGAAGGAGUCAAGACUGAAAAUGAUGACCACAUUAAUUUGAAGGUAGCAGUGCAAGAUGCUUCGGUGGUGCAAUUUAAGAUGAAGAGGCACACAUCACUUGGUAAACUAAUGAAAGCCUAUUGUGAACCCCAGGACACACCUGUGAAGUUGGACAUGGAGGAUGAAGAUACAAUUGAUGUAUUCCAGAAUCAGACAGGAGGCGCUUACUAA